ACCACUUUUUAACAUCCACCAUGAAGCUACCGAUGUACAUUGGCCAAAUCAACCAAGCCCUUCAUACACAGAAUGCUUACAAGCUCUCAAGUUACAUUGAGGUUUUUGGCAAGCAUACAGAGAAGAUGCUUCUUGAUAGCCCUGAAUCUAAUCGAGAUGUAGAACGCAACUGUCAUGAUCGCUUGGAACAGCCUUGGUCCGACAUCAUCUUUCAUCAUAUCAUGGCGGGGCGAGCUAUUUCAAAGGGAGAUUUUAUUGAGGCGUAUGAGGCACAAAACACGGCGCUUGCAGCCUUCUUACGGGACUUUCAGAAGACGACCAACUGGUCAUUGGAGGCUCUUUUUACGAUUAACAAGGAUCUUUGCAAACUCGCCGUUGAGGCAGAUAAGCAAUUAGAACAAAGAGGAGAGGCACCUGUCAGUCUGGAGGAUUGUGCUCGUAUGGUCAACAAAUCAUUUACAUCGUGUAUUACAGACCGAUCACCAAUUCAAUCUUCUAAAAAAUGGGGAACAUAUAACAUAGCAUGUAUUCUUUUCAGAACCUACUUCAAACUGAAAUCGCACAAUUUGUGUAAAAACAUCAUUCGUGCGAUUCAAGUAGCAGAACUUCCAGAGUUGAGUCAGUUUCCUAUGGCACAUCAAGUAACAAUGCGUUAUUACACCGGUGUCCUAUCAUCAUUUGAUGCGGAUUUUACAAAGGCCGAAGCAGAUCUACAGUUUGCAUUUGAUCGGACACCACCAAAGUUUCAUAAACAUCGACGUUUAAUUCUGAAUUAUUUGAUCCCAGCAAGACUCUUGCGUGGAUCUUUACCUUCAGCAAGCUUACUACGUGAGUUUCCAGAACUGGACUCUCUUUAUGGACCUUUGAUACAUGCAAUCAAAACUGGGAACGUGCAGCUGUUUGAUGAAGGCUUGAGCCAAGCAGCAGGACGAUUCAUGGUCAUGGGUACCUAUCUCACUGUGGAGAUGUCAAGAGGCCUGGUGAUGCGGACCUUAUUCAAGAAAGUAUACAAGACGACGGGUGGAACGAGUAGAGUAAGUAUUUCAGCGUUCCAGACGGCAUUGGCUUUUGUUGGUGUAACGGCGGACCUGGACGAAGUCGAAUGCAUGAUCGCUAAUAUGAUCUACAAGAAUUACAUCCGAGGGUACCUUUCACAAGAAAAAAGAAUUCUUGUGUUGAGUAAAGGAAAUCCUUUCCCAAGCAUCAGUUCCAUUCAACCGGUCUAGUACAGAACUCAUACUUUAUCAAUUAAACUUUGUCCGCGUAAAAAUCAUG